AUUAUGAUUAUUAUGAAUAAACACCACGUGGUGUUGCGCACGUAUUCGCUGCUGACGUGCUCCGCUCUUGUGUUUCCCGGGCAGCGCAUCUGGUUUUAUUUGGGGAUGUUUGUUCUGUUUUUAUUGGUGGAUUUGUUUCCGAGGCUGUAAUAUAAACAAGAUGCGAAACGAUCAAGUACCCGGAUUAAUGACAUAACCGGCUCGGUUCGGCUUGAUCGUCUGUAUUUAUAAUCUCUAUGGUAAACCUGGGCGGGGCAAGCGAAGCCUUUCCUGCUUCCCGGUUGGCUGGGAACGGGCUUGAGGCGGGAUCACUUCGAAACGUCACCCCCCUUUUCCACCACUCAGCGCCCACUGACGUCAGGGAACGUGCCCGCGCAGGCGCAGUGACGUCAAUCCGUUCUUCAGUGUAUUUACCUCUAGGCCAAGAUGGCCGCCUUGUAGCAGCAGCGAGAAGCGAGAGAAGAAGAAGAAGAAGAACCGACGACAACUUUCACACACAAAAAAAGAAAGAAACUGGAAGUUAUCGAGAGAGAAGCAGCGUCUUCUCGCCUGUUUGAAGUGUAAGCGGGACACAUACAGAGCAGGGGGACUCUGAACCCCGCGACGCUGCUGAUAUAGUAACGCUGCGGACGAGGCGAGUUCAGAUACUCAGCCAUGGCGGAGCCGAGGAAGGUGGCCUUCAUCACACUGUCGCCCCCGGAUUCCCACAAGCGCUGCCGGGAGGACGAGCCGUGCAGCCCCGCGGCCCCGAUGGCCAGCGGCAAUAAUAUCUUCCCAGGCACAGGGACGGCGGCGGCGGCGGCGGCGGCGGACGGAGAGAAGGCUGCAGAGCGGCGCAUCACCGUCCGGUUGAAUCUCCGACUGUCCGAGCCGAGCGAGCAGGCGUCGGCCGAGUUUAACUACAGCGAGCUCGUCCAGUCGAUACAGGUGAAGAAGCCCGCUGUUGCCGUGGCGCCCGUGCCCACCAAUCCGGACGACCCGUUUGACGAUGACGAGCGCGAGAGGCUGCAGCUGGAGGCGAUGGCUCGGAAGUUUGAGAGCAAAUACGGCAACACCAAUAAGAAGAAGCGACGGGAUCGCGUGCAGGACCUGAUUGACAUCGGCUUCGGCUACGAUGAGACAGACCCCUUCAUUGACAACUCUGAGGCUUAUGAUGAACUGGUCCCAGCCUCCCUCACCACCAAGUUUGGUGGUUUCUACAUCAAUGCCGGGACGCUGCAGUUCAGACCCGCCUCCGACUCGGAGGGAGACGACACCCGGGGAGAGAACAAGAUGAAACCGCACAGAAAGCUGAAGGAGGGAGAGGAGCGAGGGAUGAAGAAGCGCAAGAGGAAAGAAGAGGGGAGCAGCAUGGAGAAAGAGAAGAAGCCACGCAAGAACAGAGUGCCCAAGACACUGGGGGUCUCGGCUCUCAACGCUCACAGACCCGAUAAGAAGAAGAGGAAGAAGCUGAUGAAAGACUCUCUGUCGCUGGCCGCCAUGCUGCGCAAAUUCACACGAGAGAAGGAGAGCAUGAAGAGGAGCGCCCCCCCGACCCAGACCCCCGCGGGGCUCCCCAAACCCCUCAAACCCUCCGUCUCCACCCACAGCCCCGCCCUGCACGACCUCCCAGACCCCUCUGUCCUGUCACUGCUGGGCUCGGCCAACGACAGCGAGCUGUUCCAGCAGGCUGCCAGUGCCAUGGAGCUGCUGGGAGACAUUGACCUGGAGGGGCUGCUGGAGUCCACCCCCCAGGACAGCCCAGAGGGAGGGGCCAGCAGCUGCGGCCAGGAGAACGGCAUGCUGGGAGCCGUGGUCGCUGCGGGCGGCGGGGGGGCAGCGCGGACGCAGGUGAUGAGACUGACCCCUCCCCCUCCCCUCCCUGACGGACUGCCAGCUUCUCUGAGGAGGAGGAUUGGAGACCUGCGAGAGGCCUCUCGGCAGUUUGACGAGGAGGGAAGGAAGAAGUUCUUCACGCUGGACAUGAACAACAUCCUUCUGGAUAUCGAGCUGCAGGUGCAGGAGCAGCCGCCCCACGUCCGAGCCGCUGUUUACUGCCACCUGGAGGCCUUCGUCCCGUGCAACAAGGACAUGCUGCUGAAGAGAGUGAGGAAACUGAACCUGAACGUGCAGGAUGACCGUUUGCGUGCUCCUCUCCUCAAGCUGAAGCUGGCGGUCAGUAACGUGAUGCCCGAGCAGCUCUCCCGUUACCGUGACGACUGCCUCGCCCACAACCAGGCCAAGGUGGCCAAAGUAGCCAAGCUGCACUCCGAGGAGGAUCGCGAGCGGAACGGCUCGGAGGACGAAGACGAUGAGAAGCCGGGAAAGAGAGUGAUGGGACCGCGCAAGAAAUUCCACUGGGACGAGAACAUCCGGGCUUUGCUGUGUAAUCUGGUUCAGAUUAAGCUGGGCUGCUACGAGCUGGAGCCCAACAAGACCAUGACUGCCGAGGAUUAUCUGAAGAGCUUCCUGGAGAGCGAGGUGAAGCCGCUGUGGCCGAAAGGCUGGAUGCAGGCCAGGAUGCUGUUCAAGGAGAGUCGCUCGGUGCACAGCCGCGUCACUGGAAACUCAGUUAAGAAGAAAAUUGUACCGACACCAAAGACCAAAAUCAGGGAUUCAAGUCCUAAGGAUGGCCGCUCUCUCCCCUCCCUCUCUGUUUUGGGGGGGGUGUCUCCGCGCACUCCUGCCUCCGCAGUGGGGACCCCGGCCCCCCAGCCUGCCCCUCCCGGCCCCUCCACUAGCACCCCCCUGCCCCCCCCCCGGUACGAGACGAUCUGUCUGGACGACUCCCUGGAUGAGGACCUGUCCCCUUCUCUGGACUCCAUCUCUGAGGCGCUGGCUCUGCUGAGCAACGCUGCCCGAGGGCUGGUCUCCAACGCCAGCCCCCCUCCCCUCUCCUCCUCCUCUCCCUCCUCCUCCCCCUCCUCCUCCUCAUCCUCCAGGGAAGACAAGUCUGCCAUGGGACCCCCGAGCAAGCCGGCCACCGCCCUCCCCCCCAGACCCAGCCCCAAACCCAACCCCAGCCCCAAACUUAAUCCCAACCCCAGCCCCAAUCUAAACCCCAAACUCAAUAUUUUAGCAGGCCUGUCUGCGCCUCUGCAGAACCUGAAGCCGAGGUCCAGCCUAGCGCCCCCCAGCGGCCAGCCAGGGAAGCAGCAGCCGCACAGCCCUGCCCUGAAACACUCUCUCUCCGCAGCGGCGCCCCCCGUCUCCCCGGUGGUCAAACUGCACUCCAGCCCCGGCAGCCCCAGUCUGCUUUCGCACGGCUCCAAGCACGGGGGCCAGGCAGGGAAGCAGCAGCGCUCUCACUGCAGCCCCGCCCCCCACGCCAAGCUGCAGGCGGCGCCCCCUGCCUCCCAGCCACAGAAACUGCACCCAGCCCACUCGCACUCCCUCAAUCUCCAGGCCUCGCCGUCGCCCCCCGUCUCCGGCAAACUGCAACUGCUGAGCUCCCGUUCCCUUCAGCAGCCCAAGAGCAGCGUCCCGUCCCGGCCGCUCCCCUCAGGGGUGCUCCAGACCCCCAGCUUCGUGAGCUCCAUGCAGGCGACGCUCAGCAAGUCCCCGCUGAACCCCAUCGUGAAGCUGAGCAACGCCCUGCCCUCCCCCGGGCCCCCCCGGGCCUCCCCGGCCCCCAGCAGCAGCAGCAGCAGCAGUGCUGUGAAUAUUAAUAAUGUCGCUCCGGAGAGAGCCACGCCCCCCCGCUCCUCCCCCAGCCCCUCCCCCUCUCUCCCAGUGCAGGCCCGCGCUGUCUCCAGCAGCUCCUCCCUCCCCCCCGGGAGCUACAAGACCCCAGCAGGGGGUCCUGGGGGUGCAUUUAGACCCCCGUACACCAGCUCGGGACCCUCCUCUGCCUACUCGCCCUCCCUCCAGAUCAGAGCUCACUCCGGGCCCAGUCUGACCAGUCCCAGCAGUACAGUCAGGGGCGGGACUCCAGUCUCCCAGUCUGCUGGUGCCUCCCCCUCCCCCGCCCCCUCCCCUGCCUCGGCCUCUUCAGCAGCCAAUCAGAGGAGGUCCUGCCCCUCCCCCGCCACGCCGCAGAGGGCGGGGCUCGCGGGGUCUAAGCCAGUCACAAGCCGCGCCGCGUCGACGGUGAUGACGUCAUCGACAGUCCUGCAGCCGGCUGCGGUAACGCAGGUCACCUCAGGGGCGGGUGUCCUGGGCAGCUCCCCCCCGCUCUCCCUGAUGACCUCACCGCUGGCCGUGUCCAAUCCGGCGGGCUCGCUCGGCCCGUUCGGAAUGCUGGGGGGUCUGGUUCCGGUGUCGCUGCCCUUCCAGUUCCCUCUGGAGCUGCUCAGCUUCAACCCAUCCGACAGCUCAGGGAGCACGUCUUUCCCACACAACGCAAACCAAAGCCAAGGAAACGACGUGAAGAGGAAAUCCCAUUGACCAAUCAGCAAACAGAGACUGUUUAAAGAGCCUGCCCCCCCGAACAAGUAUGAAACUAAUCAGGAACCUGGAAAUAAGAGAAGGGGGGAGGGGCGGGACAUUUUGGACAGUAGUCAUGUGACUGCUUGUUAUAGUAGUUAUUAUUGUUAAUAUUAUUAUUAUUAUUAGUGUCCUGGGAAAAUAAUGGUUUGAAUUUAUUUUUUCUGGUGAAUGUUUACAUUAACCCCAAACACUGUGGUAAUAAUGCAGGACAUUGAAGUAGUGUCUGAUUCACCUUCACCCCCUCCUCCUCCUCUCCCACCUCCCUCCCCCCUCUCCUCCUCCUCC